AUGAACUCCUACCCCAAGAACAGAGAGACUUUACCUAUGAGUCUGCCAUCACCACCUCAUUCGUCAUGUGGGGAUGAGAACCCAACACACUUUGAUGCCCUAACUCUUCAGCAACUAUCGACCUCUUUGCCAGAAAAUUAUACUAUCGAUCACUCUAUCCAACGAAGACAGUCAGAAACGUCACUUGGAAGUGCUACUAGCAAUAGCAAUAUUAAUGCAAAGAACGAUAAACUACACUGUUGCGAUUUGUGCGGCAAGGCUUACAAGCACCCAGCCUGUCUUGCCAAGCACAGAUGGGAGCACUCGGACGAGUGGGCGUUGACGAGUCAGUGGUUGCUCACCAAGCACCAGCAGGUUCAGAUGCUCGAGGCUGCUGCUAUCCUUGUUAGUAUGGACAAAAGCCCUUCAUUUGUACCGUCUGUAGACGCUUCUUAA